AUUCGACUGCUGACUCUUGUAUGUAUAUUGUCUUGUAUAACCGAGAAGUAUAGUUAGAGGGAGGCAAGGGAACCAGCCAAGCUAAGAGUUAAUUGAAUUACUGGAAGGUGUGCUUAAAGGCAGCGAAACUAUCCCCCCCCCCCCUUCACCCCACUCUAGGGUUUCACCGUUACUCCCUGAUACGUCGUAUCGUUACAUUUGCGCUCCGUUUCAAUUGAAAGUUGGGUCGAACGCAAUCUGUUCGCCAGUCUGUCCGGCUUAUGCAUACUGUAUGAGGCACAGUAGUUAAUCACAGGCGUAAAUGAAAACGAUGUGGACUAUAGAAUGGUUCCAGAUCGUUCUUCUCAUCUUUGUCGCCCUUUUUGCUGAAAACCAAGCCGAGGAUGAAACAAGCUUGGUGUUAACCGAUAUCUUGCCAAAGGAUACUAAAACCUACGACAAAAAUCGACCUCCAAAGUAUUCCGGACAGCCAACAGUCGUUUAUUUCCACGUAACAGUUCUGUCAAUCGACACCAUCAAUGAAGAAUCAAUGACAUAUGUAGCGGACAUAUUUCUGGCACAAAGUUGGAGAGAUCAUCGUCUACGUUUACCCGAAAAUAUGACGUCUGAAUAUCGAAUUCUCGAUGUCGGUUGGCUACAAGAUAUAUGGCGGCCCGAUGUCUUUUUCAAAAAUGCCAAACAAGUCACAUUUCACGAAAUGAGUGUACCUAAUCACUAUCUGUGGCUUUAUCACGACAAAACGCUUAUCUACAUGGCCAAGUUGACGCUGGUUUUGUCCUGUGCCAUGAAAUUCGAAUCUUAUCCGCAUGACACACAAAUCUGUUCGAUGCAAAUCGAAAGCCUUUCUCACACGACGUUUGAUUUGGUGUUCAAGUGGAAUCUGACUGAUCCUCUAGUAACGAAUCCUGAUAUCGAAUUGCCUCAAUUAGACAUUGCCAAAAAUUUCACGGAAGAUUGUACGUUGGAAUAUUCAACGGGUAAUUUCACCUGCCUGGCCGUUGUAUUUAACCUUCGACGUCGAUUAGGCUAUCAUUUAUUUCAUACGUACAUCCCAUCGGGGCUGAUUGUCGUUAUGUCUUGGAUUUCAUUCUGGAUCAAACCUGAAGCAAUCCCGGCCAGGGUUACCUUAGGAGUGACAUCGCUACUUACACUAGCUACACAAAGUACGCAGUCACAAAGGUCACUGCCUCCCGUGUCUUACGUCAAAGCUAUAGACGUCUGGAUGUCAUCAUGCACUCUUUUCGUAUUUAUGUCUCUCAUGCAAUUCGCCGUUUGCAAUCACUUCAUGGGAACCGGAACUCCCGCAAAGCCAAAAGUGCUAUCGGACGAAGAACUUCAUAAUAGUGGUCUUGAUUCGCCGGGUCAUACCAAUGGGCUACUACGCUUUCGGGCGAAAUCCCCCAAUGCAGAGCGGAGAACGACUCCCAAAUAUGUCACUUCUUGUUAUGGUCGCGAGGUUGCGCUCUCCAUAGACAAAUGGUCGCGAUUCACUUUUCCAUUCGCAUACUUGGUGUUUAAUAUUUUCUAUUGGACCACUUAUCUAGAAGAUGUCAAUGUCAUCAACUUGUGAAAAAAAAAAUUUCCAAAGAAUUUCGAAGCAUUUCAGUCAUUUCUGUAGCCCUCUUCUUUGUACAUUUUCUCACGUGACAAUCAAUUCCUAAUAAUUUUUUGGCUGUUUUUUUUCCCUUGUCCGUUUUCAAAUAAUAAGACCAAUCAUAAGACCAAUUGAGACACUUGACUAAUUUCACCUGUCUGCGUGAUUUUCAUCUCAGUGUUUCAUCAUUCAGAAUCAGACAUCAUUGGUAUGGUG